GCGAUUGUAUGGGCGGAAAUGACGUCACUUUCCGACGUCAGCUGAUCGGAGCUAUUUCGUUGACGUAAUUGUGUUUUUCCGGGUCGUGUGGGUGAAACAAAUACGAGCUGGACCUCGGCGCGGUGCUGUCGAGCGUCCACUUCUGCUGUUGGGCACAGUGCAGCUGAUCGCGGGUUGUUUUGGUCGUUACAUCAUCUGGGCCUGAAAAUCAGCUGGGAUGCUAAGCUAAUGGGCUAGCUGUUGACAGUGAGCAGGUUUCGUGCUGGUCAGGGGUUAGCCUCCUAGCCACUCUCCACCCAAAUCAUGAACGUAUAUGACGCAAAGGAGUUGAUUUUCUUUUGAGAACAUCUAAUCGGUUCAUCAAAGAAGACUUAGGAGGCCCAUGUCGGGAAGUCCGCGCAGGCUGUCAGAGGAAUUCUCUCACACUCGGCAUCGUCGUCCAGCUGUACGAUGUGGCUGAAGUUGUUCUUUUUGCUCCUUUAUUUCAUCGUUUUGUUCAUGUUAGCUCGGAUAUUCGAGGCCGUGGUUUGGUAUGAGACUGGUGUGUUCGCGACACAGCUGGUCGACCCGGUUUCGCUCAGCUAUAAGAAGCUGAAGACCAUCCUGGAGUGUCGAGGGCUGGCUUACGCUGGGCUGGCUGAGAAAAAGGAUGUCAGACAGCUGGUGGAGAAAUCAGGAGAGCUGACACAUGGGGAGCUAUAUUCAGCCAUCAAGAAGGAGAAUGAGCAAACGGAAGCAGGUGAUGCCAGCAGCACACAUUUCAGUGGUGAGAUGCACUUCUAUGAAUUGGUGGAGGACACUAAAGAUGGCAUCUGGUUGGUCCAGGUCAUUGCUCAAGACCGAGAAGCUCUACUCAGUAAGUCCAACUGGGGGAAGAUAGUACAAAAAGUGUCCCAGUUUGGAAUCCGAACUGGAACUUUUAACUGCUCUCAUGACCACAGGUCGUGUAUCCGACGAGGCUGGCAGCGUUCCACUCUGGUCAUGUCAGUCCCGCAGACGUCAGCAUCGAAGGGCAAAGUCAUGCUGAAAGAAUACGACGGCCGCCGCAUCGAACCCGAGCACAUCUUCCGUUGGAUGACCUCCCAGAUGUCUCACCGCAUCAAGACGCUGUGUCGCUCGGAGAAAUUGCUGGAGGAGUGGCGCCCCGACCCGCUCCACCCGUUAAAGAUGUUUCUGUUCGCACCCCUGCCUCAGCCGCCCGUUUUCUUCUCCUCGCUCUCUGUCAAGUUCACCGGCAGGAUCGAGUUCAUAUUCGUGGACGUAAGUCACUGGGACAACCGCAGCAGCCUGUUGGAGAUUGGCGUGACACAGAGCCCCGCCUACAUCCUGAAGAUGCCAGAGGGCAUCUAUCACUAUGGCAACAGUACUGGCGAGUUCUUGUCCGUGGCAGCCAUGGACACCUUCCUGCGUUCGGUCCAACCAGAGGUCAAUGACCUUUUUGUCCUCAGUCUUGUCCUGAUCAACCUGUUGGCGUGGAUGGAUCUCUUCAUUACACAGGGAGCAACGGUGAAGCGGUUUGUUGUUCUAAUCCGAACGCUUGGGACCUACAAUUCCAUCCUUUUGGUGUCCUGGCUUCCAUUUCUGGCCCUCCUCCAGCUGUCCUACCUGGACACCCUGUAUGGCUACAGUCUGAAGUUGCUUCGCUACGCUGACACCACCACGCUGGCCAGCGUGGUGAGAUCCGACUGGACCUUCUAUUCAUCCCACCCGGCUCUCUUCCUAUCCACUUACCUGGCCCACGGCCUGCUGGUCGAUUAUUUUGAGAAAAAGCGCCGCUGCGGCAACAGAAGCCAAGAGGACAGCAGCACUAACUUGGAGUGGCUGGCCAGUCUGUGGGAGUGGUACACCUCCUAUCUACUUCACCCAAUCGCAUCGCUUCAACAGGUGCCAUCAGACUGGGAGGAUGACCCCAGCUUCCUUUUUGAGCGUUUGGCCUUCCCCGAUCUUUGGCUCCGCCCGUUAGUGAGCAUGGAUUACAUUAAAGCUUUACCCGCCUGGAAGUUCCGAUGUGGCGGCGCAGAUGAGCCCGAAGAGGAGACCGACAGUUGCCGCUCAGAUACGGACAGUAGUGAGUCGAGUGACUACGCGCCACCACCAAGCGGCCAACGGCAGGAGAGCGCACGGGAUGGCGACAAGCGCUCUGUCGACAGUAACGCCGAGUGCGCGUGCGCUGCCGCGGCAUCGUCGCGCCGCCGUCGCCGAGGCGACACUGAUAUCCCGUCAGCUGACAGCGUUGCUCGACAUGAGUGCGGGGAGCGGUCGGGGUGGCCCCGCAACAUCCUGUGGUGCUCCGAGUGUGUUGUGUGCCUGGAGAACUUUGUGAGUGAAGAACUACUGAUGGGUCUGCCCUGCGGCCACGCCUUCCACCAGCAGUGCAUUGUGGUGUGGCUGGAUGCGGGCCGACACUGCUGUCCCGUGUGUCGCUGGCCCAGCUACAAGAAGAAGCAGCAGCAGCAGCCGCCACCGCCGCAUGUGCACGGUAGUCUUAGUUGGGACACUUCAUAAAAGGAGCCCUCCCUCUGUCCAUGUCUUCUCUUCCUCUUCUCCAAUCAUAUUUGGGUUCAUUAGCGCAAGAAGGAAGUCUAUAGCACAACUUGCUUGAUGUUAGGGUGAGACGUGGGAGGGAUGCCAAAGGUAACUGUGUGUGUGUGUGUGUGUGUGUGUGUGUGUGUGUGUGUGUGUGUGUGUGUGAUGCAAGUUGCUCUCAUGACCGUCAAUAUGCUUGUUUCCAUUUCUGUGCUGAACAUCGUGUCUUCAUGCUCCCAUCUGCUAAUAAAUGCGUAAUGGCCAGUCA